GAGCGCAGCGGGCGUUGGUACUGCGCCCGCCGCUCACAGGGAAGCGGCGGUGGCGCUCGGCCCGGCCACGGCGGCUGUGACGAGGCUUUGGCUGGUGUCUGAAAGCCACCGGGGUGAGGUGGUGGUAAGGAAACAGGGCUUAAGCCAUCCCGGGCUGGGGGGAGAGGCAGUGCGGAGGGCCGGCUCUGCCUGUCAGCGGGAGGCUGCUUCUCCUCGAUGGCUCCCUUGUGAGAGAGAAAGUGUCCCGGCUUCAGCGGGUUAAUGACCGCUGUGUGCCUUCGGAGGGGACUUGUGUUCCAGAGGGUUGUGUUUGUAGCCGUUUUGAAAAAUAGCUAUUAGGGAGUUCAUCCUUGUCAGCAGGAAAACUGUCCUCGCUUCUUUUUCUGUGUUAGCCGGAGUAAUGGUCUGCAGCAGGGAGGCCGUUCUGGUCAUCUCGUUUAAGCAUACCGAAAAAAGUUUGAGUUCUGAUGCCGGAACAGACUGGUUGGAUGUGCCCUGCCUCACUGGUAGAGGCUGCCUGGGCUGCGUCUCCAGUGCAGAGUCCUGUGGUCUGCAGGCAGCCAGCCGGUGGGUGAGAGCCGUAGCUGCUGAAUGAUUUAACCUUAUGUCAGCUGGCCACAAAAACCUGUUAAAAAAGCUUCAUGAGCCACUCCGAGCUGUGAAGGUUUCCGCUAAUGUAUCAGUGUAUUACUUACUGUCACCGUUACUGCACUGCAAGCCUCUUGCAUUAUUGCUAGCUGUCGUUCAGGUGUAAGCUGAAGACUGCAUUCAGUUUAACCUUUGUACCUUAGUAUCUCUCAUCUCGUUUAACUGAGUGAAUUGCCAUCAUGACUGCUCCUUGUCGUAUAACUUAAGAGUAUAUAUUUUAUGGUAUCCUUAUUAUGUUUGCUCUUUCUGAUCUAACUCAGUUCCUUAGUAUUAGUGUACUACAGAGCUGUCUGAUUGUGCGUUGAUGUUGUCCCCCCAUGUUCCUACCCUCUUUUUUUUUUUAUUGAUGUUUCUUCUCUUGACUCAACUUUUGAAGCUGCCUUCCCAGGUUAUUGUAAGUUUUCUUCAUGGUCACUUUUUGCCCAACCGUAAUGUCUAUUGUGUUAAAUUCUUCCGAGCAGUUAAUUUCAGGUAGGUCAGGUAGGAGGACUUUCAAGAGCAUUUUUAAUGAAGUAAGAAUUUAGAUAUAUCAUUUAAAAGAAAGACAAGAGAAAAAGGCCCCCAAAAUUCUUCUCACUGAAUUUUCCAUGUAUCUUUUAUGUCUCUGGCUUGGAACACAACUGCAGACAAAACUGCAUUUUUUGGUUUGCUUCUCAAUGUUUGAGUGUCUGUGUUUUUAAUAUGAUCAGAACUUUAAACCAAUUACACAUUUAUUCAGCAGAUGAUGUCCCCAUGACACUGAGUGGAUCCAAAGGAGAUAUGGGCUUCCUGGGUCUUUUUCUUCUGGCAGGUGACCUCCACCUCCUCUCACUCUGCAGCUCUGUUCACCAGCUAAGUCUCUAAAAGGAAGAGGGAAGAAUCCAUAUACCCAGCAUAGCUUCUGCCCAUUGCUCUCUGGAGGUGUGCAAGUACAUGUGUCAAUGUGUGCUUCUCCUCCUGGGCACAGUAAUGGUGUGGGCCAUAGUUAAGCAGGGGGUGCUGUGAAACUAGCUAUGGUAAGGGUUAUUCCAGCAUCAGUCAGUGAAACACACAGCACCGGGAGGGCAGAAAUUGCUGAGUCAAUGUAACAUGCAUGUGUAAAUACAUGUAUACACAGUGCUGUGUGUACAGCUGUAGGUAUGUGGGUGUACCUGUGUGAGAUAUACAUGUAUACACACAGAGGCAGUCCUGUGUGUGCAUAAGGAAAAACUGUUCAAGGAACAGUGAAAAAUAGGACUUAAUGCUGUGCCUACUUGCCUGGCACCUGAGCUGGGCUCUUGUGAAGUUGCGUGCAGGAAGGUAGAGACACUGUUACUGUAUGUGUAUGGACUGAAACGUGUGGAACAGGUCUGCAAUGGUCAGGGUUGGAAUUUCUAAUCUUUUUGAACAUUGUGUGUUGCCCAGAGUGAUUUCGCCUAAAAAAAGGGAGGCAGUAAUGGGAGAGGGGCCUCAUCAGCAGGGAGCAGCAGAGGCUAACUUUACGUGGAGUCCGGCAUAGCAGUCCUGCAUUUGUAGGCAGCUCUCUGGUGCUGCUGCCAUUUGGAGCGGCCAUAGCUCGCCUUCAUGUGCUUGGUGGUGAGGGGCUCUGCUGUUGUGUCUGAGCUAGAGAGGCUUGAGGAGAGCGAGGUCACCUUGUCCUGGUCCACUGAUUCUGCUCAUGUUGCACACCGGUUGCUGGGGUGUUCAGAUGAGGUGAAGAUGAGGUGUUUCAGGCACAUGAGCAUGCUCAGUGUUAGGACUUGCAGCUCUCGCUUUGAGAGCAGCAGGGUUCACCCUGCAUUGUGCGAGAGCUGUCAGGCUUUGGUCCGCAGUCGUGAUCGGGUGGUUUCUCUGGUGGAACUGUCCCUGCGGCAAGUGAGCAUCUGUGAGAGGAACGCCUUCCCAGGAGCGCAGAGCCUGCCUGCAGCACUUGUGCCUCAGGCUCCCCCGGCAUUCUGUGAGCAUAGCUGGCAGGCCCUGGAGAAGCACUGAGUGUGCGCACACCUGUGAGCUGAGGAGGUGGGAGGGCUUUAGGUAGCUCUGGCACCUGCUUUGAAACCGCCUCCUGCCCUGCGCUGCCUGGCUUUCCCAGGCAGGAGCCCUUGCUGGCAGGUAAAUCUUCCCCUGAAGCAUCCUGCCAGCGCCCUGUCAGCCUGUGGCAUUGUGGAAGGUGCUGUCAGAGAUGAAGCAGCAGGCUGCUCACGCCUUUGCCGUGGUGAUGGGCCGUGUUUCUCAGGAUGCAGCAGUGUCAGCAUUGGCUCUGUGGCACUCCUGCUGUGUGCAGCCCCACUUCCCGGCAGUGGGUUUCACUUCUGUUGGGUUUUCUCUCUGAAGAGGCAUCUGUGGAGGUGAAGAUGCAGGAGCCUGAACUUAUUGCAAAAACACUGCGAGCUGUUCUUCAUCCAUUUAAAAGUGGCGUACCUUUGUCAGAGCUUCAGAGUGAAUACAAAUCUCUGACUGGCGAGUGGAUUCCCUUCAGGCACCUAGGAUAUGGCACAUUGGAAGGCUACUUGGAGAGCAUCCCAGGAGUGGUCAGAAUGGAAGGGAGCAAAAUGGGAGAGGUCAUUUGCCAUGCUGUUGCUUGCAGCGAGACCGAGCCAAUUGCUCAGCUGGUGGCCCGGCAGAGGAGUUCCAAGAGGAAGACGGGACGGCAAGUGAACUGCCAGAUGAGGCUGAAGAACACGUCUCCAGUCAAGCUGGCAGGAAAGCCCAAAGGAACUUUGAGACAGCCCAGGUCUUUGAGCGUGCCAGAAGAAGGCAGCAAGAGGCCUGUUCCUCGCUUGCCACGAAGCAGAGGAGUGGCGUGUGGUGUGGUGAAGCCCACUGUGGAGAGCGCCCGUCUCGCCCUGUCACCAGCUGCCGGGAGCGGAUCACCUAAAGAAACGCCCAUGCAGAGACACGUCACUGUGGUCAACAGGCCUGAGAAAAGACUAACUGUCCCACCACGGUUUCAAAAGGAGUUGCAAGUCCACCUGUCCAGAAGCUCUUCUAUAGAUUCAAAUGAUAACUUGAAUACAUCCACUGCAGAGACACAUACUGUUGCCUCUGGCCCUUCUGCUGCUCCUGUCAGUGAAGUUCAAGGUCGCAUUAAGGAGAUUCUGAGCAAGUGCAGCAGUGGUGUCUGGGUGUCAAAGAUGCCACAGAUCUAUCGGGAAAUGUACUGGGAGGAACUCAGCACAGCAGUGCUCCGUCAGCUUGAGAACUGGCCUCAUGUGUGCACAGUGGAGAAAGUACACAGAGGUGAUCAGAUGGAUGGGCUUCUUUAUCCUGCUAAGAAAAUAACACCGAUAGCAAAAAGUGAUACAGAGCAACACAAGGCAUCUCAGAAUGUUACUUCUUCAAAAGCAGACCCUUUGUUAAAACCAAAUAUGGAGAGCACGCCUGCAUCACUUAGUAGUGACUUCAAGCAGAAAAUUGUCAACAUUUUGCUGAAGUAUUCUAGUGGUCUUUGGGCUAAUGCACUUCCCAAAUUGUACCAGGACACGUACCAACUAAAAUUUCCAGAAGACGUUCUAAAUAACCUAGAGCUGCUCUCAGAUAUAUGUAUAGUGGACUAUGUAUCUGAAGUCCCCAAAAAGGCCAUCCUCUAUGCUAAACCCCAAAGAUGCAUUGAUGCAAAUCUGAAUGUAACCGAGAGAGUCCAGAGGCAUGGUGCUAUGAAAGCUACAGCUGAACAACAGUAUGAAGAAUCCAAGGACCAUUAUCCAGAGAACAUAACUGUUCCUCCUCUAACCAUUCCGUCGGAAGGAUCUGUGUCCAUCAUGGUGUUAGAACUCAAAAACACUAAUGAGGUCCUAAUUAGGUAUGUGGGCAAAGAUUAUUCUUCUGCCCAGGAACAAAUGGAAGAUGACAUGAAAGCAUACUAUAGUCAGAAUAGUAAAGUGUCACUAGCUCAAUCUCUGAGCGUUGGGCAACUUGUUGCAGUACAUGCUGAAGAAGAUGCCUGGUUGCGUGCUCGGAUAAUUUCUCUAGAAGACAACAGAAUAAAGGUAUGCUAUGUUGAUCAUGGCUUCAGUGACUUUGUUGAAAGCAACAGUUUGUACAAACUACAGAAACAGUUCCAUUCACUUCCAUUUCAAGCUGCAAAAUGUAAACUGGCAGGACUGGAAGUCUUCUGUGAUGAUCCUGUCCUGGUGAAGGCUGUGGAAUCACAGACAUGCUCCAAGAUAUUUGCUGUGGAAAUACUGGAAAAGAGUGAUGUUCCUCUUCUUGUUCUCUAUGACACUUCUGGAGAAGAUGAUAUCAACAUCAAUGCUACUUGUCUGAAGGCAUUGUAUGACAAGUCUCUUGAACUGCACCUCCAGGUAGAUGCACUAUAUACACAUGUCAGAGUAACCAGCGUUUUCUCUGAUGGAAGCCUGUAUUGCCAAGUGCCAUCUAAAGGCAUGUCUAGACUUUCUGAAAUCUUGCAGAAACUGGAAGACUACUUCCACUACAAGCAGACAUCUGAGUUUAAUGUAUCGCUGCCUUUCUGUGGCAAAAUCUGCUUGUUUCCUUCCAAAGGAAAAUGGGCACGUGUAGAGAUAAGAAUUAUUCACACUAGACGGGCACUUGAUGUGCAGUUCAUGGAUACUGGAACAGUUGCAACUGUAAAAGUAUCAGAGCUUAAAGAAAUCCCACCACAAUUCCUGAGAGAAGUAAUUGCAAUACCUCCUCAGGCUUUAAAAUGCUGCCUAGCAGAUCUACCUCCUAACACUGGCAUGUGGACUCCAGAUGCUGUACUGUGGCUGAGAGACACUGUAAUGAAUUGUCCUGAAUUUAGCAUGAAGGUGGUUAAACAGGAUGGUUCAAAGGGAAUUGUACACGUUUACUUGUUUGCUCCAGAGAAUUUCCCAGACAUGGAUCAUAGCAUCAAUCGACAGAUCAAAAAUGCAGACUUGUGGAGACAUCAGAAAGAUGUUUUCUUGAGUGUUACACCCAGUGGCACUAGCUCCACAAAAGGGACAAGUGAUGCUGUUUCUGCUCUAUGGUUAACUAGUGGAAAGCUGGAGAAGAGUUUAUCAGAUUCACCCAGAGAACCCAGCAGUGCAGUGGCUAUGGCUGAUAUGCCCCCACCUCUACCUUUGUUAAGAACUGGUGAGCUCAUGGAUGUCUAUGUCUCAGUGGCCUGCCAUCCAGGUCACUUUAUUAUCCAGCCUUGGAAGGAGCUACAUAAUCUGGAAGCCCUAAUGGAAGAAAUGCUCUUGUACUACAGCCGGGCAGAAGAGAAACCUGUGAACAUUGAAAAAAACAAGCUGUAUGCAGCUAAAAUUGAAAAUCAGUGGUACAGGGUCAUAAUAAAAGGAAUUCUUAGGAAUGGGUUUUUGUCGGUGUAUGAGCUGGACUAUGGUAAACAUGAGUUUGUCAGUGUAGAGAAAGUACGGCCACUUGUGGAUGCGUUUAGAAAACUACCUUUCCAAGCUAUAACAGCUCAGCUUGCAGGAGUGAAAAGCCAGCAGUGGUCAGAAGAGGCAUCAAUAGUGUUUCGGAAUCUUGUAGAGAAGAAACCUUUGGUGGCACAGAUACAGGCAGUUAACGAAAGCACUAACUCUUGGGAUAGAAAGAUAGUGACUUUUCUCGUGGACACAUCUCUUCCAGAUACUGAUAUCUGGAUUCAUGAUUUUGUGUCUGAAAGUCUUGUGGAAUUUUCAAAGGAUGAUUAAUCACCAUUUCUGAAAUGUAGCAGCUCAGAUUCUUUAGCAAUAAAAUAAAUAACAGGCUUUGAAGAGAAAUAUAACUACUAUAUGGCCUUGAAGACAUGAAGGUGAUGAAAAUGAAAAAUCUGUGUUCUGUGAAAAGGGUUUAACAAGUUUGGGUUCUGUUGACUUCAGCUGACUUCUGACAAUUUGCACUUUGUUUACCAUUGUAAUGCUAGAAUGUUUGGGUGAAAAUAUUAAAAAGUUAUUUAUCAAUAAAAUAAUGUUGACUUUC